AUGUCCAGUCGCCAACAGAUUGACUCGGUCAUCGAUGAUGACGAUGAGUUUUGUCCCCUUUGUAUCGAAGAGUUCGAUCUUUCCGACAAGAACUUUAAGCCAUGUCCCUGCGGAUAUCAGAUUUGCCAAUUUUGCUACAACAAUAUCAAAACCCAUAGCGAGGAGGGUCGAUGCCCAAAUUGCCGCCGUCCCUACGAUGAUAGUACCAUUCAAUACAAGAUUCCCGACGCCGAAGAGUUUAAAGCCGAUCUCGCCUUGAAGCACCGCAAGGCCGCCGCCGCCAAGAAAAAGGAGGCCGAAAAACGCGAAAUCGAGGCAUCCAGUCGCAAGAAUCUGGCAGGUGUUCGUGUUGUGCAGAAGAACCUGGUUUAUGUCAUCGGCCUUAACCCAACCAUUCGCGAUGAGAAUCAACUCCUACAGACACUGCGGGGCAGAGAAUACUUUGGUCAAUAUGGAGAUAUUGAGAAGAUUGUGGUUAGCAAAGCCAAGCCUGGUGGCAAUCCUCACCAGGGAAUUGGUGUUUAUGUGACUUUCUCUCGGAAGCUUGAUGCUGCGACUUGCAUCGGCGCGGUGGAUGGUUCGUCUAACGGCGAUCGUGUUCUCCGGGCUCAGUAUGGAACGACCAAAUAUUGCUCGUCUUUCCUGCGCAAUGAGCAAUGCAACAACCGCAACUGCACCUUCUUACAUGAGACUGGCGAAGACAGUGAAAGUUACAGUCGCUCUGAUCUGUCAUCUAUGAACACCAUAUCUAGUCAACGUCAGCAUCACCCGACUAUUCCCCUCCCUCGCCCUGCGCAGCCUAUUUCUCAAGCCAUGCGCCGGCAACCAAGCAAGGACGAUUCUAUUAGUGGACGAUCGGCUGUUCCAGACGGACCUGCACUUCCAUCCUCUGCGAGCUGGGCCAAUAAGGAUGCUGCCAUCAGAACCCGACGAGCUAGUCUAACUGGAAGUCAAGCAUCUCAGAGCCCCCGCCCGGCCAGUGUAACGGUUGCAACAUCAAUCACCACCAUUGAAGAACCGAAGCGUGUUGAGAAGCCAUCACCUAUCACCCAGGUUGUGCAGGAAGCCCCCUCACCAGUCGAUACCCGAUCUCCGACAAGUCCAAUCGAACCAAGGCGUUCAAAUCCUGCACCGGAAUUACCUAGUCCCUUUGAUACACUUGUUAAGGAUUUGAUGUCUCCAGAGUUUCGCUUCAUAUUCUCCCCGGCUGAUCUUCCCCCGGAGGAAAUCAAACACAUUCAAAACUAUCCCUCGUUUAUCGAUCCUUACGGUGGUGUCAAGCGCCGGGCCAUGCGUGAGAAAGCAGAACAGGAGCGGUCAAAGCGCGACCAAGAACUUCUACAGACAGUUGUAGCAGAGGAGGAUACUCGAGAGGCUGGAAGUUUACAGCUCGGUGGAGAGCCGGAGGAUGCUAACCCUCCCCGUGGUCGUCAAACUCGCGAAAGCCACGGUGCCAUUCAACCCCCUUCUCAGCAAGGUACUGCUGACAAUUCGACCGUUGGCUCCCCCGUCUCGGCUACAAGUCACCAGUUUCAAGGGCUUAACCUGGCUGGUCGCAGCUUGACACCUCUUCAACAACAGCAAUUGAUGCUUCUGAAAUCCGCGGGCAACCAGCAGGCUGGCUUGGCUGAUCCUAUGAGCACAGCUGCCCUUGAUCAGGCUGCACAGCUUCGCCAAGGUCUUUUGCAGAGCCAGAUGGCUCAGUACAAUGCUCUUCAAGCUCAGAAUCGGCAAUCCUCCCGCUUUCCCUUCUCCGGCGAUGUCAACACUAAGAAUAUCAGCAAUGCCCGGAUGUUGAGCCAAAUGCAACAACCUGGUAUCCCGAAUCCGCUCUCUGCCCCGAGCCCCCAACACGCACUCGCGAGUGGCUUCUAUGCCAGUGGUGUGCAGGGCCCCCCCUCCUGGAUUAAAGACCGCCGGAACUCCCCCGAUCAGUGGAGGAGGAAUGGUCAUGGUUUUACUUCAAACGUCAAUGCCGGAUUGGGAGGAAACUUAGGAAAGCAAGAUGCGACCCCUGAAUUGAUGCGUGAAUUACUGCGAGGCAGAAGUGGUACAAAUGUUGGUGGUGUGCAGGGCCAGGAGGCCGCAAAGCGUGAGUUCAUGUUCCCUUUCCUUCAACAGCACCAAACCCCACCUCCCCUGACUCCCGUCAAUGGCCUUCUCAGCUCUUUCUAUGGGCCCCAGGCAGGUGUAACACCUGACUCUGGUGGCUCACAGAAGCAGAAAAAGAAGGGGAAGAAGCAGAGACACGCUAACACUUCCUCCGGUGGAGGUGGUGUAGUAGAUCUUGCGGACCCGAGCAUUUUACAGGCGAGAAUGCAUCAGGUCGGUGCCAACGCCACUGCUGGUCAAGUGUUGUAUGGGAGUCAGGGUCAAGGUGGGUACAAUCCUCCAAUGAUCACUAACUGGUUUCGAGUAGUGGAUGAUGAUUUCCCUCCCUUGGGCGCCCAGCCUAAGGAGAGCCAGCCUGUUGAUACUUUCGGUUUUUUGAAGUCACAGAUCUCCAACGAUUCUAGUGGGCGUGCAGGAACCCCCAGUCUCCCUCCUGGUCUUCCUUUGCCUCACGCUCAUCCGGUCUUUCAAGACCAAAGAGAGUCUUCGAAGCCACCUUCUCCUGCACCCAUAGUCCCUCCAGGCUUCGGUGGCACACCAUCUCAUUCGCGCCCAAUCAGUCCCGAAGUGGGCACACGUGCAGAGGCUUCAUCAGCUCGGACUAAGGACUCCUCGCAGGUAUCACUUGGAUCUCCUGUGGCUAAGUCAGUUCGUAAGCCUCGUGUUACCGCCAAAACAGACAUCCUCGGUAACCUUCAUGGUCUACAAAAGACAGACCACCAGUCAGGUGGAAUUGAUAGUCCUGCUGCGUUGCCUACCCCAUCUUCUAUGCACGAAUCCUCUCCCCGCAAAUCUGAGCGUGUACUGUCUGCUACCUCUGUAGCUGCUCCUGGUUCAUUUUCAGCAGUUGCAUCACGUCCGAAUACUCCCCUCACCACCACUUCCCGCGCUUCAGAUUCCUCAGCACCUCGCCAGGCGCGCAUUCUCCGUCUUGUGGAAACACCAAAGCCGGAAGUUUCGCGCAUUCCAACUGCUCCUUCUGUAGCGGCCUCUGUUACAGGAAUGGGCAAGCCAGACUCUCGACGACAGAGUCUGUCGUCUACCAGCAGACCGGAUACACCUGGUUAUCUUGGAUCUGAGGCCGAUCUCUAUCCAUCAACCUCAGUCUCUCGCUCCAAUUCGCCUCCAGCCUCCUCUAGUCGCAUUGGUUCUGCCCCUGUUCGCGCAAUGACAAAGAGUCAAGCAAAGAAAGAACGCCGCCAGAAGGCAAGAGAGGCCGAAGCCAAAAAGGUAGAGUCCGCCACUGCCAAUGAAGCUCCAGUUCAAGCCCCCAUAAUGGGUCGUAAGCGCAAGACCAAGAAGGCUCCUGCCAGCACCACAGAGUCGGGUCAUACAGCUGCAGUGCUUGCUACAGGCGAGGCGAGCGCCCCUAAGAGUGACAAUGAAUUCACUGAGAAUAUUGACCCUCCGACCACUUUAGACAAGGGGAAGGGAAGAGCUGUGGAUCAAACUGAGCCAGAGACCGAGCCUGCUGCUCUGGAUCAGGAACCUGACGAUGACUUGGAUGAUGACGAGCCACUGUGCAACACCAUCCGACGCGCGAUGGAAGAUGCGGAGCGGACGGGUCGCAGUUUCAAAGACAUUGUCAUGGAAAGAACUCCGUCCAUUCCUGUUGUACUUGCUGAAAUGCACGAAUGUGGUCACAUCGACCUUCAUGCUUGGGCAAUUGCCAACCCUGCCCGUCUCAGCGAUCGCGCUGAUAUGAAAUCUACUGCCGAGGAUUAUGAACUGAUGAAGAAGCCCAAUGUGGUUACUGCAGAGCAACGCAAGGCUCUUAUGAGUGGUGAACCAAUCCAGGUUGGUCAUGAUUCUACGAAACACCGUUGUAUGAUCACCCCUCGUGGUACUGUCCUUCGAUGCUUGGAUGAGGCAAACGAGCAGCUGUACCUUGAACGGGAGGUGAAACGUAACGGAAAACAUAUUCCAUACAUUGACCAAGAGGACAAGGUCAAUGUGAAUGGUGGAGUGUCGGCUCUUCUCGCCACACCGGAAAAAUUCAAUCUUGUCUUCGCUGACGCGGAUAGCGACACGUUCCAGCGAACGUUGUACCGACUUACCCAUUUUGACACCACACUGCCCGAGAUGCCUCCGCUCCCUCCUUGUGACAUGUCUGAAGAGGAAAUUGCACAAAAAACGGCUUGGUUUGACGAGCAGACUGCGUGUCUUUUCGAGCCUGACCCAAUUCUAGAUGUCCUUCCAUCACUUCAAGACUUGGAGGGUAUGUCCUUCGAGGAGCUGAAGGCCAUAAGUGCCUGGGCGUCGAAGGAGUUGGAAAGAUGCCGCAAGGAAUGCGACCUCACUGAAAAGAAACUGCUACCGAACUUCCGUCGCACCAAGAAGUACCAGGAUCAGGGAAUCUUCAAGAUUAAUGAUAUGUUGCUCUAUGGAGCUGAAAUACGCCGAAAGCACGCACUUGCAGCCGAAAAAGCCGAAGCUUAG